ACUACCUUUGGAUUAUUGUGGCAGCCAUUGUUAUAGCCACUACUACUAUUUAGCUCCCUGUAGGUCGUCACUUUUCCAACUUUCCCCUCUUUUCACCUUUUCUUUCUUUCGUGUACAUUUUGACCUUUUAGAGGGUCUACGCUCUUACGUCUCUCCAAACAAAGCAAAAGGGCAAAGCAUUGGCAAUUAAAAGGGCACACGAGGCCACUCCUAAACUCGUUCUUCAUGGUUUGAUGCCAAGCAAAAAACAGAGGGGAGAAGACGAGGGAAAAGCUGGUUUAUCUGUAAAGAAGAAGAGUAUAGUUUUUUCCACUUCAUAUUUCAUCUUUCCCCUGGUCAAAAGCCUCAAUCUUUUGUUUACUUUUGUUUGUGAAAAACAAAUUUUGGUGGCAGCUGAAAGACGGGCCCUUUUUCUUUCCCCUCUUUUCCUCACUCUGAUUGCUUCUUCCAGUCUCACUCUGGGUAGCCAUUGAAAACUAGUACACAAGGUUUCGGACCCUUUAAUUAAGCCUUACCCGUGAAACCCAUUUGGCGUGUUUGACAUUAUCAGCUGUCCACACAAUCUGGGUCGUUGUCUCUCUGGGGAAAAGACUCGAGCUUUGGAAGUGGAAUGAUGGGUUUCGAAGAAGGCGGCAAAGGGGGGAAAAUGGCGGGAGGGAGAGUGGUUGAUUGUGGUCACAAGCGUUCAAAGAGUGCUUGUGGUCCGAGCUUUUGGAGGUAUUUUAGCCAUUAUAGCAAACCGGGGCAAGGUUUUCCUUAGUUCUUUUAUGGAAUUUUGAUAACAACAAACGAACACUCCCCUCCAGUGAAAGUGGUGGGCUUCUUUUCAUCUUCCAACAAGGCCUUCUCUCUGAUAUAUAUUUCUGUAAUAUCAAUGAGCUACCGUUGGUCGUGGGUAGCAAAUGAGAACAGUUUUAGGAAGAUGGGUUUUAGGAAAUUGUUUGCUAGAUGGACCUCUGGUAGAAGCUUCCCUGACAAGAAAGGAUUGAAAGAGGAUGGACCAGAUAGUUCGCUUGGAGCUUCACAACGUAGCAAGCUUGUAAGGGUUUUCCUUUUUGGAGAGUCAAAGGGAACAGCUUUCUUAAUCUUGGCAUUAGUAAUGUUGUUGAGGGUUUUGCUUGUGCCAGCUAAUUUAGCCCCAAUGUUUUAUGAGGGGCUGGCAAACAAAGCAAGGCAUCUAGUUGCCCCUCUUGGCACUGGUUCAGAAUGUGUACAACUACAGUAUCUUGUUUUAUGUGUGAUUGAUGUAAUUGUGUGAUGUUUAAUGCACAGGAUAUGGGAUACCUACAGGAGUCUAUCAAAAGCCAGAGAAAACAAUCCCCAAAAGUUGAAGCCCGUAGUUCUUUGAAGCAAGAGAUUCAGCAGCUUGAGAAAAGAUUGCAAGACCAAUUCGAGGUUCGUCGUGCUCUGGAGAAGGCAUUGGGUUACCGGACCUCCUCCCUUGGGGAGAUACCUGAAGACUUAAUGCCGAAGCCAGCCACAGAACUUAUCAAGGAAAUAGCAGUGCUAGAGCUCGAAGUUGUGUAUUUGGAACAGUACCUCCUCUCAUUGUACAGGAAAGCAUUUGAUCAGCAAACAUCUUCAGUGUCUCCAUCCAGCAAGGAAGAAGGCUCCAAAUCAGCUGUUACUACUCCAAGGCUCAGAUUCCAGAAUGUUCCCCCGAGACCCAAUGUCAUGUCAUCGAGAGACAAUUUAACGCUUCAAUCACAGGACAACCCAUCAAAGGAAAAACUAUUAUUAGACUCCAGCAUCCAACGCUCUCAAUCCUCUCUCUCACAAUGCUCAGCAUUUCCUGCAAGACUUUCUCCUCCAGAAGCAGAUUCAUCUUUGGGAAGAGCUGUCCGUGCUUGUCAUUCGCAGCCUUUGUCUAUGAUGGAGUAUGCGCAAAAUGCAACGAAUAUGAUCAGUUUGGCGGAACACCUCGGGACAAGAAUCUCUGAUCAUGUGCAUGACACACCUAACAAGCUUUCUGAGGAUAUGAUUCGUUGCAUGUCUGCCAUAUACUGCAAGCUUUCGGACCCACCGGUGACAAAUAACGGCUUGUCUUCUCCAGUAUCGUCGAUGUCCUCAAUGAGUGCAUUUUCUCCACAAGAACAAUGUGAUAUGUGGAGUCCUGGGUUCAGGAACAAUUCUUCAUCCUUCGACAUACGGCUAGAGAACCCGUUCCUUGUUGAGGGACUAAAGGAGUUCAGUGGACCAUACAGUACGAUGGUCGAAGUCCCCUGGAUUUAUAGGGAUAAUCAGAAGUUGGGAGAUGUCGAGUCCUUGCUGCAGAAUUUCAGAUCAUUGAUUUGUAGAUUGGAGGGAGUUGACCCAAGGAAGCUGAAACAUGAAGAGAAGCUCGCUUUCUGGAUCAAUGUUCAUAAUUCUCUAGUGAUGCAUGCGUUUCUUGCAUAUGGUAUUCCACAGAACAAUGUCAAGAGACUCUUCCUUCUGUUAAAGGCUGCUUAUAAUGUUGGCGGUCAUACAAUCAGUGCAGACGCGAUUCAGAGCAACAUCCUUCAAUGCCGGAUGUCACGUCCUGGCCAGUGGAUUAGGUUACUUAUCCCUUCUAGAUCCAAAUUCAAGUCGGGAGAUGAAAGGCAAAGCUACACAAUUGAUCACCCAGAACCUCUGUUGCAUUUUGCACUCAGCUCGGGUAGCCAUUCCGACCCCGCGGUACGUGCCUACACGCCAAAGGCGGUAUAUCAAGAGCUGGAAGCAGCGAAAGACGAGUACAUUCGAGCCACAUUUGGGGUACGAAAGGACCAGAGGAUCCUACUCCCAAAGAUCGUCGAAACUUUUGCAAAGGACUCGGGUCUAAGUCAACCCGCUGUAGUCGAAAUGAUCCAAGGGUCUCUGCCGGAUUCUCUGAGGAAAUGUGUCAGGAAAUGCCAGCUAGGAAAGCCUCGCAAGAUCAUCGAGUGGAUGCCACAUAACUUCAGUUUCCGGUACCUGAUCUCGAAAGAGCUGGCUAGAUGACAUUGCCAUAUAAUAGUUUGUCGGUGUCGAGCUCGAUAUAUAUAUGCUUUUUUGAAUCAAUUCUAUAGGGAAAGGUGUGUUCAUCAUUUUGUAAAAAGGGGUAAAGUAGGAAGGUGAGAUAUCAGUGAAAGCAUUUUCCAUGUUAGGAGAGUAGAGAUUCUUAACCCAACGCCAAUCUGUUUUUUGUGCCUAGUAAUGGUUAUAUUGUAAUUGGGCAGUCAUCUCAGGAGAAAGGGUAAUAGGUUUCUGUGAUGAUGGUGUCAAGAUUGAUGAAAAUGAAAUGGAAAUGUGUGCAUUGACUAUUUGUACAUAAAUUCUGCAGCUUUCUCAGAGCAAAUACCAUUGUUUUAUCAGUGUAACUGAACGGCAAGAUGAAUAGUUUCCUUAUAUCAUGUCUCCUUCCAGUUUACUGGUAUCUCACCAUGAAUGUGUGAUUCAUUGCAACUGCAAAUGUAAAAGGUUCCAAA